AAGGCGUUAGAGAGAAGAAGAAGAAGAAGAGAAACGGAGGAGGAUCUUCUCACUCCAAGACGGCUGAGAAACAAAGACAUAUGAUGAUAGUGGUGGAUAACUUCUUCACGGGGAGUAAAGAGAACGUGAUGCACCAUUUCGGUAACCCUAACUUCGAGCUCAUCAGGCACGACGUCGUCGAGCCCAUCCUUCUCGAGGUUGACCAGAUCUACCAUCUCGCCUGCCCCGCUUCUCCGGUUCACUACAAGUUCAAUCCGGUGAAGACGAUAAAGACGAACGUGGUGGGGACGUUGAAGAGAGUGGGAGCGAGGUUCCUGCUGACGAGUACGAGUGAGUAGGUAUACGGUGAUCCCCUGCAGCACCCUCAGGUUGAGACUUACUGGGGCAACGUUAAUCCCAUUGGUGUUCGGAGUUGUUACGACGAAGGGAAGCGUACGGCGGAGACGUUGGCUAUGGACUACCACAGAGGCGCCAAUGUUGAGGUUAGGAUAGCUCGGAUCUUCAAUACUUACUGGCCUAGGAUGUGUAUUGAUGACGGUCGUGUCGUUAGCAACUUCGUUGCCCAGGCAUUAAGAAAUUAAAGAGCCAUUGACUGUUUAUGGAGAUGGCAAGCAGACAAGGAGUUUCCAGUUUGUCUCUGAUCUGGUAAACUCUCCCUCUUUUUCACCUUUUACCAACUGGAGUAUACAGUCAAUUACCUUUUUUUGUCUCUCCAUUACUUUGGCUUGGU